AUGGCUGGUCCUGACCUGCGUCUCUUUAUUGAUGACAAUGGAUGCUUUCAACGCGACCGUAGUGCUUCCCCUGAUAGCAAGCAGAACUUAUCAGCCACUUCUGAACAGCCACUUGAAAGCAUACUAUGGAUUGAAGCAUCAUAUCUCCUGGCUAGUGCGGCAAGCCAGCCAUUCUCUGCCAUGCUCGCAGCAAUUUUCGGAUCAGGGCCUAUUGCCCUUGGGGCCGCUGUGCUGGCCACAGUCGGAACAGGGGUCUGUAGUGGUUCGAUGAGCUUAGCUUGUCUGGUUCCAGGGCGGUUUGUCCAAGGCGUAGGCUGUGGAGGAGUAAUUGCGACCUCCUUUUUGAUGCUAGAAGAAGUCAUCCCAUAUCCUCACCAGGCCCGAUUUACUGGGUAUGCCUUUCAGACUCGAGUGAUCGGGGCCAUUGUUGGCCUCAUCUUCGGUGGGUUGCUUGUCGAUCACGCCGUCUGGACCUUUUAUGCCAGUUUCGGCUUCUGCGCACUGGGACUUCUGGUCAUUCCGUUCGCAGUUGAGUUGCGGACCUACAAGCGUAUCGCAAAGUGCAAGGCGUGCGAGCUUGACUGGCAGGGUGCUGUGUUGACCUUUAUGGGAAUGGGCUGUCUUCUCAUAGGCGUCAAUUGGGGCGGGAUAUUAUACGAAUGGAGUAACUGGCACGUUUUGGUAGUUCUUGGUGCUGGGGCAGCCUCGAUCAUCGUCCUAGUCCUGUACGAGAGUCUGUGGUCAGUACACCCGCUUUUCUCAUCAAAAAUAUUCAGCAGCAUCGCAAGGACCAUGUUGUACCUAGGUAGCUUGCUGCACGGGUUCUUGUUAUUCUGCCAUCUCCUCAACUGUGCCUUGUAUCUAAGACAGAUCCAAGAAUUAUCGUCUGCAAUCGAAGGGCUCAGUCUCCUCACGAUCAUCAGUCCGGCAUUGUUAGCACUCAUUCUGACAGAAAAGGUGAGACUGUUGCGAGGCCCGAACACCUUCCCUUGGAUGGUCCGGAUCGGAUGGUUGUGCAGCGUCCUUGCGACAAGCUUCUUCAUUAUCCUAGACGUCAGCACUCCACCUCAAAUAUGGGUUUUCAUCUUGCUUGGCGCAGGAAUAGGCCACUCCUUGCUUAUUUCCGGGUACCAUCGAGGUGUGCACCAUAUACACCAGCCAAGUAGAGAUAGUGAGCACUAUCCAGCAUCAAGCAUCCUCAUGUACUCUCUUCUGCGGACGUGGGGGAUGUGUAUUGCUGUUCCUGUUGGCGGGGCGAUCGUUUUGCAUCGAAUAGUGAGGGUGGAAGGCGCAGAGAGAAGUCACUUUGAUUUCCAAGAAGACGAAGCCUCCUUGUCGCAGCAGGGUAGGGAUCAGAAGGAGAUGCUUGUAGGUGGGUUUCACAUGCUAUGGCGAGUUAUGGUUGGAGCUUCUGCUUUAGGAGGUGUAAGCUCGCUGUUUGUGAAAUGAUGUAUAGCAGGUUGUGAUGUGACAUUAGGAAAC